AUUUGAUAUGUCAUCUGUCGGACAUUUGGCGCGUAAAUACGAUUUUCUUGCGGUUGUGAAAACUUCCGCAUCGAACAAAUAAAAUAAGAAUUCGUGUGAAAUAUGAAGUGUAAAAUACCCGAAAUAUCUUGGCACAACCGUGAUCCAGUGUUGAGUGUUGAUAUACAACCUAAAUCUCAAGCUCAGGCAGAAAAUUCCAUCGUAAAGCAUCGUCUUGCCUCUGGUGGCACAGAUGCUCAUGUACUUAUCUGGUACAUGAACUACACCGAGGACGGAAAUGAUAUAGAAUUAGAUUUAGCUGCAGAUUUGACGAGGCAUCAACGUGCUGUGAAUGCUGUAAAAUGGUCCCCGAAUGGUGAAUUGCUUGCAUCCGGUGACGAUGAGAGUGUAGUAUUCAUUUGGAAGCAAAAGGGAGAUCAGGAACCGCUGAAUAUAUUAGAUAACACAAACGAGCAGGAUAAAGAAGUAUGGAUUGUUUUGAAGGUAUUACGAGGUCAUAUGGAGGAUAUUUAUGACUUGAGCUGGGCUCCGAAUUCUCAGUUUCUCGUAAGUGGUUCAGUAGAUAACACAGCAAUUGUUUGGGAUGUACAUAAAGGGAAAUCAAUGGGCAUGUUACGAGACCAUAAAUCGUUUGUACAAGGCGUUGCUUGGGACCCCAAAAACCAGUAUAUUGCAACUCUCUCCUCAGAUAGAUAUCUGCGUAUUUUCGAUAUACAGACAAAGAAGGUCUUACACCGUAUUAACAAAUCAACGCUGCCGGUCAGUGAAGGUCAUGAACUGCAUGGUCAGCGGUUGCGUCUAUUCCACGACGACACAUUACAGACUUUCUUUCGUCGACUUUGCUUUACACCAGAUGGUAAAUUGUUGCUAACGCCGGCUGGUGUUGCUGAAAUUGAUAGUGUCGCACAAUCAUUACACACCACGUAUGUCUUUAGCCGCCACGCUUUUCGACAACCUGCCAUUGUAUUGCCUUGCCCAGGGCAGUAUACUGUAGCAGUGCGAUGUUGUCCGAUUUUAUAUCGAUUGCGGUCACAUAAACUUGAUAUAAAUCCGCCAGUAGUGCCCUUGCCGUACCGCAUGAUUUUCGCUGUGGCUACACGUUGUUCCGUUUACUUCUAUGAUACACAGCAGCGACAACCUUUUGCUGUAAUCUCCAACAUUCAUUACACGCGUUUGACCGAUGUGACCUGGUCGAGUGAUGGUCGAAUUGUGGUUGUAUCAAGCACAGAUGGUUUCUGUUCGCUAAUCACUUUUGAGGCAGGUGAAUUGGGAGAGGAAUAUGAAAACGCGGCGCAAGUGCUUGGUGCAAAUGACACGAGUGCAGUGGUUAAGAGGGUAAAGAAACAAAAGGAAAACGAUGGGCAAAGUUUAAAGGAGCGCAAACAAUCUACAGAUGAGCAAAAGAAUAUAAGCAUGGUCAAGCGCGAUGCACUAACGGAAAUAUCUGAGGAGCAAAGUGUUGAGGAUCCAAUGCAAGAGGAUGAAGCGCAGCGUAAACCACCAGAAGAAGUUGUAAAAAGUAUUAGCGCCGAAGAAAGUGCUAUAGUAACCCCAGCUAAGGAGGGCCUCCAAAAGAAUUCAAGCAAUACUGCUACCGCUUUAGCAAUAACAAAAACACUUGGUGCUAAAAUUAUUAUUGAUAAGGAAAUAUUAAGCUCCGAUGAGCGUUUCGAAUCACCGGAGAAAAAAAGUCGGACAGUAACACCAAUAACGGUGAGACGCACACCCCGUGGGGCUCCUUUGUCAAGCACAACCAAAACUUCUAACACUCCCACAGCAAGUGAGACAAAUCCUAAUUCUGCGAUAGUUGCAAAUACUCUAGCGCAGGAGAUGCAGUCACCAGCAUCGGUUCCAAAACUCAAUGCCGGCGCAACGCGCCAGUCAAAGGGUGCAACACCAAUAUCAAUACGUCGAGCACCACGUGCAAUUAUUGCGGCCCCAGCACCACCGACUACAACAACUGUGGAAGAAGUAGCGCUUGAUGCCUGGCCAACACCCAUGGAAGUAGAAGAUGAGGAAUCUGCAAAGCUAAACGCAUCUCAACCAUCAAAAGCCGAAGGGGAAGGGCCUAUCAAAACAAUUGUAGCCUCCAACCCAAAAGCUGUUAUAAAUAACGAUACCACACUGGAGUGCACAGAGGAUAUACGUUUGGUCUACGAGGAUUCGGUAGACGUUUCGUCUGCAGAUGUGGCCGUAGACGUAGGCGAUAAAACCGUGGAAAAGUCUAUAGUUGGGGAAACACCAUCCACAAACAAAGAUGGUGCGAAGACUCCAACACCAAAAACACCCAUGUCGAGCAAUAAAACACCGCGUAGGGUUGCACUCAAAACGAUAUCGACUCCCAAGUCGAAGAAAAAGUUAUUGGACUAGAUUUGAUUGUUACGUAAUUGCAUUGACUUCCUUAGGUGUGAUGUUUAUUCAUGCUUACUUAAUUUUUAGUUUUAAAAAUGAACAAUAAAAAAGUAGUGUAUUAUAAUCAGUAAGCAACAACGAUCGAAAAUAA